AUGCUGGCAAAGGACAGCUUGGCAAGUCGCUUACUGAUGCGAAGGCUGCUGGGACUGCAACGGAGAGAUUCAAAUCUUUCAAUACACACUGAUAAUCCAGAUCUGACACCGUGUUUCCAGAAUACCAUCCUAGCAUGGAUCCCUAGCAUUUAUCUAUGGAGUGCAUUACCCUUUUAUCUUCUCUACCUGAAGCACAACAAUAGAGGGUACAUCGUGCUUUCCAUGUUGAGCAGGUUCAAGACGCUGUUUGGUGUCCUGCUGUGGUGCGUGAGCUGGGCAGAUCUCUUCUACUCUUUCCACGAGCUUCUGCAAAACAGGACGCCUCCACCAGUCUAUUUUGUAACUCCAUUGAUCGUUGGCAUCACUGUGCUGUUAGCUACAUUGCUUAUUCAAUACGAAAGGCUGAGAGGAGUUCAGUCCUCUGGAGUGCUUAUUAUCUUCUGGUUUUUGUCAGUGCUCUGUGCCGUGGGGCCUUUCCGGUCUAAGAUCAUGACUACAGCAGCACAGGGCCAUGUAAAUGAAAGGUUCAGGUUUACCACAUUUUACAUCUACUUUGCUUUGAUAAUCAUUGAGUUGAUCCUUUCAUGUUUUAAAGAAAAGCCUCCAUUUUUUUCCCCUGUUAAUACAGAUCCUAAUCCAUGUCCAGAGCUAACUUCAGGCUUCCUGUCAAGAUUGACAUUUUGGUGGUUUACAAGCAUGGCAAUUCUUGGGUACAAAAGGCCCCUUGAAGAUAAAGAUUUGUGGUCGCUGAAUGAAGAUGAUACUUCAAAAAUUAUUGUGCAACAACUAAGUAAAGAGUGGGACAAAGAAAAAGCAGAGUGCAAACAGAAAGAAGAUGUGACAUAUAUGAAGAAAUCUAACCAUGUGCUGAAUCAUGUUGGUGAUGGUCCAGAGGAAGCAGAAGUUCUGAUCAGAGACAAGAAGCACAGUAGAAAGCCUUCUUUUCUCAAAGCUUUGUUGAGGACCUUUGGGCCGUACUUCUUAAUCGGCUCCUUCUUCAAGCUGAUACAAGACCUACUUUCUUUCGUCAACCCUCAACUGUUAAGUGUAUUAAUCGGCUUCAUUAAGAACAAAGAUGCCCCAGCCUGGUGGGGAUUUUUGAUUGCGGCUUUGAUGUUUAUCUGUGCUGUGCUGCAGACACUCAUACUUCACCAGCAUUUCCAGUACUGCUUCGUUACUGGGAUGAGGCUGAGAACUGGGAUCACUGGAGUUAUAUACCGAAAGUCCUUAGUCAUCACAAACUCAGCGAAGCGCUCAUCUACUGUUGGAGAAAUUGUCAACUUGAUGUCAGUGGAUGCCCAACGUUUCAUGGACCUGAUGACUUUCCUGAACAUGUUGUGGUCUGCACCGCUCCAGAUAUUUCUGGCUUUGUAUUUCCUCUGGCAGACUUUAGGGCCUUCUGUGCUGGCAGGAGUUGCUGUGAUGGUUUUACUUAUCCCAUUUAACUCUGCAAUAGCAAUGAAAACCAGAACAUUCCAGGUGGAACAAAUGCGACAUAAAGACUCCCGCAUUAAAUUAAUGAAUGAGAUUCUGGGUGGCAUAAAGGUGCUGAAGCUGUAUGCUUGGGAACCAUCGUUUUCAGAAAAAGUGUUGGAGAUACGAAAGAAUGAGCUGCGAGUGUUGAAAAAAUCUGCCUAUCUCAAUUCUUUGUCCACCUUUGCGUGGAUCAGCGCACCAUUCCUGGUAGCAUUGACGACAUUUGCUGUGUAUGUCUCGGUGGAUGAAAAGAAUAUCCUGGAUGCAGAAAAGGCUUUUGUCUCCCUCUCCUUGUUUAAUAUCUUAAAGUUUCCCCUCAAUAUGCUUCCACAAGUCAUUAGCAACAUUGCGCAGACAAGCGUUUCCCUAAAGAGAAUUCAGCAAUUCCUGAGUCAUGAUGAGCUUGAUCCAAAUUGUGUGGAAACAAAAAUGAUUGCACCAGGCAAUGCCAUCAGUGUAACAAAUGCGACGUUCAGCUGGGGAAAGGAGCUUAAGCCAUCUUUGAAAGAUAUAAAUAUGUUGGUCCCCAGUGGUGCUUUGGUUGCCGUUGUUGGCCAUGUUGGCUGUGGGAAAUCUUCUCUGGUGUCUGCUCUCCUGGGUGAAAUGGAAAAGCUGGAAGGAGAAGUGGCUGUGAAGGGUUCUGUUGCUUAUGUGCCUCAACAAGCCUGGAUCCAGAAUGCCACGCUGAAAGAUAACAUUUUGUUUGGCCAAGCUCCUAAUGAACAAAAAUACCAAAAUGUCCUGGAGGCCUGUGCUUUAAAAACUGACCUGGAAGUGCUGCCAGGAGGAGAUCAGACUGAGAUAGGAGAGAAGGUAAUUUUUUUUUUUUUUCCGAGUCAGACCUGCUUGGUAAUUCCUGUUCUGUCUAAAGAGAGAGUACUAGUGAGCCUCGCUCGUGCAGUGUACAGCAACUCUGACAUCUACCUAUUAGAUGAUCCUCUGUCUGCUGUGGACUCACAUGUUGCAAAGCACAUCUUUGACAAAGUUAUUGGUCCAGAUGGGGUACUUAAAGGAAAAACCCGAAUUCUGGUGACCCAUGGCAUCAGCUUCCUGCCUCAGGUAGACCAUAUAGUUGUCUUGGUAGAUGGCAAAAUCUCUGAAAUGGGAUCUUACCAAGACCUUCUGAAACAAAACAAGGCCUUUGCAGAAUUCCUGCGAAAUUAUGCACUCGAUGAAGACAUUGAAGAGGACGAACCAACAAUGCUGGAGGAGGAAGAAGUCCUGCUAGCUGAAGACACCCUCAGCAUCCACACAGAUCUGGCAGAUAACGAACCAGUGACAAAUGAGGUCCGCAAACAGUUUCUUAGGCAACUUAGUGUAAUAUCUUCUGAGGGAGGAGAAUGUCCCAACAAAAUGUCAACGAAACGAAGAGUCUGUGAAAAGAAGCCAGCAGAGCCUCCUCUGCCAAGAAAAAAUCCGAACGAGAAACUUAUUCAGGCUGAAACCACUGAAACAGGAACGGUAAAGCUAACGGUGUUCUGGCAAUACAUGAAGGCUGUUAGCCCUGUCCUUUCUUUAGUGAUAUGUUUCCUAUAUUGCUGUCAAAAUGCUGCUGCCAUUGGGGCCAAUGUGUGGCUCAGUGACUGGACCAACGAGCCGGUGAUAAAUGGGACUCAGCACAACACAGCCAUGCGAAUUGGAGUCUACGCUGCCUUGGGCCUCUUGCAAGGCCUCAUAGUACUCAUCUGCUCCUUUACCUUGGCCAUGGGAGGCAUUAAUGCAGCCCGGACACUCCACGCUGCUCUGCUGGAGAACAAAUUUCACACCCCGCAGUCCUUCUAUGACACCACCCCAACCGGCCGAAUCAUCAACCGCUUUUCGAAGGACAUCUACGUGAUUGAUGAAGUAAUCCCGCCGACUAUCUUGAUGUUCCUCGGAACGUUCUUCACCUCUUUAUCGACGAUGAUUGUAAUUAUAGCAAGUACUCCACUCUUCGCUGUGGUUAUAGUUCCACUUGCAAUUCUGUACUUCUUUGUUCAGCGAUUCUACGUAGCUACCUCCCGCCAGCUGAAGCGCCUGGAGUCUGUGAGCAGAUCUCCCAUCUACUCACACUUCUCAGAAACAGUAUCAGGGGCCAGUGUCAUCAGAGCCUACAGAAGAGUGAAGUCUUUUGUAGACAUCAGUGAUCUGAAGAUGGAUGAAAAUCAGAAGAGUUACUAUCCUGGCAUAGUAUCAAACAGGUGGCUGGGCGUUCGAGUUGAAUUUGUGGGGAAUUGUGUUGUCCUUUUUGCUGCCCUUUUUGCUGUGAUUGGUAAAAACAGCCUGAAUGCUGGCUUGGUAGGACUUUCAGUAUCUUAUGCGUUACAGGUGACCUUGUCUCUGAAUUGGAUGGUCCGAAUGACUUCUGAACUUGAAACUAACAUUGUGGCUGUUGAAAGAAUAAAAGAAUAUUCAGAAACUGAAACAGAGGCUCCCUGGGUCAUUGAGGGCAAGAGUCCCCCAGAAGACUGGCCAUCCAGGGGAGAGCUGGAGUUUGUGAAUUACUCAGUGAGGUACAGGAAGGGCCUGGAUCUAGUGCUGAAGGGUCUAAACCUCAAAGUGCACGGUGGAGAAAAGAUUGGAAUUGUUGGCAGAACCGGAGCAGGAAAGUCCUCCAUGACGCUCUGUCUCUUUAGGAUCUUGGAAGCUGUAAAAGGGGAAAUUAAAAUUGAUGGUGUGAAAAUUUCAGAGAUUGGUCUCCAUGACCUUCGAUCGAGGCUAACUAUUAUUCCUCAGGAUCCUGUUCUCUUUUCUGGAACACUGAGGAUGAACCUGGAUCCAUUUAAUAAAUACACUGAUGAAGAAAUAUGGAAAGCUCUUGAGUUGUCUCAUUUGAAGAGGUUUGUCAGCAGUCAGCCAUCCAUGUUGGACUAUGAAUGCUCAGAAGGUGGAGAAAAUCUUAGCGUCGGCCAAAGGCAGCUCGUCUGUCUGGCGAGAGCGCUGCUUCGCAAGACAAGAAUCUUGAUCCUAGACGAAGCGACAGCAGCUAUCGAUCUCGAGACGGAUGAUCUUAUCCAGGCGACGAUUAGGACCCAGUUUGAAGACUGCACGGUGCUGACAAUAGCACACAGGCUGAACACAAUUAUGGAUUACACGAGGGUUCUUGUCCUAGACAACGGAACCAUAGCUGAAUUCGAUACACCUGCAAGCCUUAUAGCAUCAAAGGGUAUUUUCUACAGUAUGGCCAAAGACGCGGGACUAGCGUGAAGAGACGACCCCUUGGGUUUUUGGUUUGGGUUUGGUUUUUUUGUUUUGUUUUGUUUUUUUAACAUUACUG